AAAAUAACACAAAUAAACUUACACCAGUUUGUUUUGUUUUUAAUAAAUUAGAAAAGUGAAAAGUUUUGAUAUUAUUGAUUUAGAUAUAUUGGUUGAAAACUGAUGCCAAAUUAUAUGCUCAUUACAGAAUCUAUUAAAAUCAUUUUAGGUCAGAAAGAGUUUCUUAAGGCACACAUGCUGUAUGAUUUGUUGAGUAGGGAUGAUAAUAAUCUCAAUUUGUUGGCAAUUUAGAUUUAUCUUAUAAUAAAUAUAUUGUGCUUAUAAUGUCAAGACACACAGCUGGAUUUUUCUUGUAUAUGUUGGAACUGUCCUUCAAAAACCAGCGAUGGUCUUAGCUUCUUUACUAUACCAAAAGAUCAUAGGAGAGCUGAAUUUUGGUUGAAACAGUGCAAUCGACAAGAUUUGAUCAAAAAAGAUAUCAAAGCAUUGCUUAAAAAUUAUAGAAUAUGUGAACUUCAUUUUGAUAAAAAAUAUGUAUCGAAGAGUGGUUUACGAAAAACUUUAUUCCAAAGAGCUUAUCCUUCAAUUUUUUUCCACUUAAAAAGUUCCACUCAGUUUGAUUCUAUUGAAGAAACGACAAAAAGAUUGCCAAUUUCAGAAAGUUUAACCUUACGACCUAUUUCAAAUAAAAAUAUAUUAAAAACUAAUAAAAUAGAUGGAAAGGGACUAUUAAAAAGUAUGGAUAGAAAAGAAGUUAGUUUUACAGAUGAAAAAGGCCAAAAUAAUAAUGAAAAGCAAUUGACCAACCGAGGCCCUAAUAUAUUAAGAAACAAAACAAAAAAAAGAGAUAUUAAAGAAGAAACACAAGAAUUAAUAGAUCUAGAAGAGCCUGCUUCAAAAAACAUCGAAUUUUAUAUAAAGCAAGAAGAUAUUAAGGACAAUGAAUUUGAACGGAUUAAGGCGCAGUUACUUGAAGCUAAUCUAUUGAAAGAAAAUUCUGAUAAAACUUUAGAAAAGUAUGAAGAAAUUGAUAAAUUAGUUAUAAAAAAUAAUUUGCUGAUGCAAAAUUUUGAUAAGCUGUAUGAGGAGAAUGAAAAUAUGAAAAGAAUAUUUAUUGAUUUGGAAAAUAAGCUUGAAACAUUUACCAAAGAGAAUAAAAUAUUAAAAGAACAAUUAGACAAAACUAGUUCAUUAUCCGAAAAUGCUAUAAAUACAGAAUUGAUUGAUUUGACUGAUAUGAACUCUAUAUGCAGAAUAUGUUUACAAAAACAUUCAAAACUAAAAUCUUUUGACGAUUCAAUAAAUUUUGAUCAUCCAGAGAUCCGUCCAAUAAAUGUUUUGGAUGCUCUGCUUUCAAUAGGAUUGGAUUCGAUUACAAUAAUUGAAGACCGUUUUCCAGACAAAAUUUGUCCAAAAUGUGUCGAACAAUUGAAACAAUUUAUAAUAUUUAAAUACACUUACUCGAAGUCUUGUGAAAUUUUAAAACAUGCGUUUAAGAUAAACGAAGAAACAAAGAAUGCAGAAAAUAAUGAUGAUGCUUAUUCUGAAAUAUAUUCAACGGAAGAUGUAACAUUUAAAGAUGAAAUUCCGGAUUGGAAUUUAAAAAUUGAUGAAGCCAACCAAAACUUGGAUUUUAAUUUUAAGAAUAUCCAAAACACUGAAAUGGCCAAAGACAAUUCUUUUUACGAUCGAAUAAACCAGAUAAAAGAAAAGAAACAAACACAUAAAUGCCCAAUUUGUUUUAAAGUAUUAAAAAUUUCCCAAUUUCGACCACAUAUACAUACACAUAAAGGAUUGGAAAGAUAUUUCAGCGGUCCUAAGGUACCUAAAAAUGUUAAGUUUUAUGCUGUUCCAAAUAGCACCGUUAGUCUGGUAAACGAGAAAGAAAUGUUUCAUAAAUGUCCGUUUUGUCCGGAAAGUUUUACUGCUGCUGCUUAUUUGAUUCAUGUCGAUAAUCAUUUAAAAAAUGACCAAUUUACGUGCGAUAAAUGUGGUAGAGUUUUUAAAAAAAGGAGUUAUUUGAUCCAACAUUUGUUGGUGCACACGAAAGAGCUGCCAUACAGCUGCAAAACGUGCAACAAAGGAUUUGUAAAUAAACAAAACUAUGAAUAUCACUUAUUGACUCAUUCGUACAAAGAUGACGAAUUGCCAUAUCAAUGUGAACAUUGUGAUAGGAAAUUCUCUAAUCCAUCUCAUUUAGCACGACACAUGACAAUCCAUUUGGAAAAUUGUUCUUACAGUAGCAAGUACAGAAUGAAAAGAUGUCGCAGUUGCCUUCAAAGCUUUAGAAGCGAGGAUCAAUUCAAGUCGCAUAGAUGUAUGUUGACAGGCGUUAGAGUACACUUUUGUAGAUAUUGUAGGAAAUCGUUCGCCACGCCUAAAGCGUAUUACCGUCAUUUACGAGUACAGCAUAAAAUUCAUAAAAAACGAAACCGGCAGUUCUGUGCAGAAUGUAAUAAAGUUGUAUCCAAUAUAACAUACCACAGAAUAAGGGUGCAUCCUGAUACUGCGAAUAAGUCUUUGUGCCCCGUUUGUGGACUGUAUGUUGUAAACAUUUAUAGUCAUAGGCUCAAACAUGAACCUUUGAAAUGCAACAUCUGCGGUAAGGAAUUUCGCCACUCGACUGUUUUAAAAAAACACGUAAUGAUCCAUACUGGCCAAAAACCCUAUCUGUGCAGUUCUUGUCCCAAAACUUUCAAUUGCAAAUAUAAUCUACAGGUACACGAAAGAAUACAUACUGGAGAUAAAUGCCACGUUUGUUCGAUAUGCGACAAAGGCUUUUUGGAAAAGUCGUAUCUAAAAAAGCAUAUGAGAAUUCAUAAGGACAUCAGAGGUGGUGGCUUUAAUGAAGAGAAUAAUUAUGAAAUAGCAGGGAAUGAUGAAUAUGUGUCGUCAAAUUAAUUUAUUGAAUGCAUUUUGUAAAUUUUUGUUUAAAUUAU